AGAGUCGUCGCCGCUGAGACCUGGUGCCCUUCAACGGCCUGGCUGAUCUGGGACCCUGCCACAGAGUGCGCCCCUCCGCGGGCCCCCAGCUCAGCCAUGCUGGCCUGUCUCCAGAGGACCCAGAACCCACCGGGCCAGCACCUGGCCUGCCCGAGCAAGAGCCGGGAGCUGCGUAAGUGCGAGACGGCCACCAGCUCCAUGCAUUCGUCCCGCUACCCGAGCCCGGCCGAGCUGGACGCCUAUGCCGAGAAGGUGGCCAACAGCCCGCUGUCCAUCAAGAUCUUCCCCACCAACAUCCGGGUGCCCCAGCACAAGCACCUGGGCCGCACGGUCAACGGCUAUGACACCAGCGGCCAGCGCUACAGCCCCUACCCGCAGCACGCCGCCGGCUACCAGGGCCUGCUGGCCAUUGUCAAGGCCGCCGUCUCCUCCUCCGGCAGCGCCGCGCCUGCCGGGCCUGCCAAAAGCGUGCUCAAGAGCGCCGAGGGCAAGCGGACCAAGCUGUCACCAGCUGCUGUGCAGGUGGGCAUCGCGCCCUACCCGGCGCCCAGCACUCUGGGGCCCCUGGCCUACCCCAAGCCACCUGAGGCACCCGCCCCACCACCCGGCCUGCCCGCGGCCGCCGCCACCGCCGCCUCCGUCAUCCCCCUGCCUGGCCGCGGCCUGCCCCUGCCGCCUUCCAACCUGCCCUCCAUCCACAGCAUCCUCUACCAGCUCAACCAGCAGUGCCAGGCCCCGGGCGCCGCGCCUGCCGCCUGCCAGGCCGUAGCCGGUCCCCACCCCAGCCCGGCCAAGCACGGCCCCGUGCCCAGCUUCCCCGGCAUGGCCUACUCGGCCGCUGCCGCCGGCCUGCCCGACUGCAGGAAAGGUGCCGAGCUGGGCCAGGGCGGCACGGCGGCCUCGACGUUGGCUGGGGCCACCAAGCCUGCAGGGUACGCCGACGGGGGCCUGGAUUACCUGCUGUGGCCGCAGAAGCCGCCCCCACCCCCACCCCAGCCGCUGAGGGCCUACAGCGGCGGCACGGCGGCCAGCAAGUCCCCCGAGGCGUGCGGGGGGCGGGUGUACGAGCGGGCCAGCGGGUCGCCCCUCAGCUGCGCCAUGGGGCUGCCCACCGGCUUCACUGUGGGCCAGUACUUCGCCGCUCCCUGGAACAGCGUGCUGGUGACUCCCACCAGCGAUUGCUACAACCCGGCGGCGGCCGUGGCCGUCACGGAGCUGGGGCCGGGGGCGCCCCGGGAGCUGGCGGGCCCCCCCGUGGAGGCCCUCUCGGGCCUGCCCAGCAAGAGCGUGUGCAACACAGCCGUGCUGAGCAGCAGCCUGCAGUCGCUGGAGUAUCUCAUCAAUGACAUCCGGCCGCCCUGCAUCAAGGAGCAGAUGCUGGGCAAGGGCUACGAGACCGUGGCUGUGCCCCGGCUGCUCGACCACCAGCACGCCCACAUCCGCCUGCCCGUCUACAGAUAAGGCCUGCCCGGUGGACGCGUGGACAGACGGACAGGGCGUCGAGCGGGAAGGCAGGCCGCAGAACAGGGUGGGCGGCGCACAGGGGCGCCCAGCCUCGCCCUGUGCCCGAGUGCCCGUGGGUGCCCACAGGGAAGCCGGGCGGGCUGCUGCCGUGCGGCCACCUGAUGGGGAGUGGCGGGGCCGCCUUUCUGCCCAAGGCCCCUCCCUGCUAUCGGCUGCCCGAGGACACGGGGAGGGCCCAGGACCACCACUGACGUCCACCACUUCCUCCAUCCAAGCUGGCAGAGGCAGGGAGAGAGAAACCACUUUAAAACAGGAAUGGUUCUUUCUGGCUUUCCCAAGAGAGGGGCUCAGGCCACGGGGGGACACAGGAGGAAAUGUGAUGGUCCAGAGUCAGGGUGGGGUCAGAGCAGCCCCCAGGGGUCAGAGAGCUCCUCCCCCCACGGGCUCCCCGUCUCCUGGAAAAGGAGCAGAGAGGGGGUAUAGGAAGUCACAGGGCCUACAGUGUCCCCCACUGGCCAAUCCAAGUGAAGGCCACCACUCUGAGAGAGGCUCCAAGGACCACCAGUCCCCCUGCUCCUCCUCCUCUAGAUUCUCCUUCCCUCCUCCCAUCUCUUCCCCAAACAGAAUUACACCCCCAUCCCCACCCUCCAGACCCCGUACUACCACCGUCCCCUUUCUCUCCACAUCUUACAGGGCUGCUGGGCACGGCUGUACAGGCUGUGCACCGCACAAGGGCACCUCGUCCAAGGAGACACCAUUUGCAUCCUAGACAUGUAUAUUUAUUACGGCAGUUUUCUGAAUCUUGAGGAAGGGGCGCCAUUUUCCUAUUCGCACAAAGGCACCACAGGGGCUAACGGUGGGCCUGCCAUCUUAGACACCAGUCAGAGGGACCCUGCCCUGCCUUCCUCAGGGGUUCUCCUCAGAGCCAGUGAGAGGCAACCUACUGGUUUUAACUGGGAGACCCAAUCCAACGCCUUUCCUGCAAGCUGCCCUCCAAGGCCCACCCCACACCACGGGGAGGCAGGCAAGGAGCCCCCUCUUCAGUCCCCAAGGCCCGAAUUCCCCAAGUCCCGGCCCCUCUGGCACUCCGGAAGCGGUACUGUAUCUCUCCAAGGCCUGUUCGAGCACUAAGUGCAUUUACAAAUCUCUGAGAAUGUUUUUUUUUUAUACUAAAAUUGACCAUUAUAUUCUACUGUGAGAAGUGCAGUCUGCACUAUAUUGUUUUAAAAACGAAGAGAAAGAAAAAAAAAGGAAAACACAGAUGGUGUCUCAGCUGUGGAAUUGUUUUGUUCUGUCCUCCCUCCCCCAGGAGUAAAACGGGCUGUCUCCCCCGCUGCCGACCGGGCUUGGAGCCCUGAGGAAGCAGGCCAGGAACCUCCUGGCACCCGCCGGCCACUCUGCAUUCAGUGUUUCAUUUCCUUUUCCAGCUCUUUCAAGGUAGACACCGUUAUUUACCCCGUUGACAUGUCCGCGCACAGGCGGAAGGCCACUGGGUCGUGGCCGGCGACCGGUCUACAGAGCGGCUGAGACAGAACCAAGCCCGGGCCCCUUGGCUCGUUCCCCGAAUGGUGCCGAGGUGGUCUGGGGAUGGUGUCUCCCUGCAUCACGAAAUGCCUUCCCAGCUUUUCCCCUAUGCCUGACCCGCUCCAGGCGUCCAUGGGCCAGUAUGGCCGUGGGCAGGCCAGAGUGGCUGUGGCAGUGACCUUCUCCCUGGCCAGCCCCAGCACACACCCACUCCAGGCCCCGGCACCUGGAGAUCUGCAGACCCCCCCACCCCGGGACACUUGGCAUUCUUCGGGCACCUAACUUUGUGCUGGGCACGUUCAUACACACUGUAUCUCACUGGAGCCUCGCCACAUCCUUGCAAGGUAGUAGGUGUCAGAGGAAGAAACCGAGGCUCAGAGAUGUUAGGUGACCUGCCUAAAGUCACACAGCAAUUCUGAAAAGUUGGGGUCUGGA